ACUGCACAUGCGAUCAUAUAAAAGUAUGAGGAGUUAGAUUGUAGAAUUAUAUUUAAUAAAGGAUUAUAAAAGAAAAUUAUGAUUACAAUAAGCAUAAUUAUAGACUAGGAUGUAAUUUAUAAUUGAGCUCACAAUCCAACUGAAUAAUCAUCAAAUAAGCGUUCAUGUAGGAAAAAUUUACUCAAACUGGUUCCAAAACUCUUUCACAUUUAGAUCCAAAGGAGAAAUACCACGUCUUCUGACCCUAAAUGAACAAAAAUGUCAUCAUCCAGUGUCAAAACACAGGGUUUUGUCAGUCAAGGAACAGUCCAUUUCCAUUAACCUACAGUGUCAGUUCUUGCCAGUUCCAAUGUCCUCGGUUUAGGGUUAAGUACAUUUUUUCACACAUCUUGUUCAUUUUUUUUUUUAUGACAUUCUUACUUUUAUUCCCUAAAUUUUAACACAAAUAUCUGUUAUUUCCACUCCUUACACACUCUUACAUUCAUUCUACUUAUUUACAAAACAGGCUCAUUACUUUGGUAUUAAUGAGCUUGAGGGAGCUUAGUGAUGUAUGGAUUUAGUAUUUUUAUUUUGCGUUAGGGUAUCUUUCUAAUAUCAGGACAUAUUUCAUCUUACAUGGAUGAACCAAUAUCACAUAGAACCUCAAGUCAUACCCCUUGCUGUAUAGAGGAGCAACGUAACAGAUUUAACCAGAUCUGAUCCAUUUAAAAUUGAAAAUGACUAUUUGUACUUCUUCAAUUACACAUGUGCAUUGUGUUUCCGUUUGUGUUUAGGACAUGGUUUGUGGUAACUUUACAGUUCACUGUGCAGUUUUAAGUAUAUGUGUAUCCCUUUUAUGCAUGAUGAAAGAGGAAAUAUCAACAGGUCCUCCUACUUUUCUUCUGCAAACAUGCACCAACCUGUUUCCAUUUACAGAAAACCACAUCAACCAGCAGAGAAUGUGAUGGAUUUUUUUUUGUCUUCCAUAACCAAUGAUUUUACCAUUUAGACCAUCUAAUGAACCUCAACCCCAGCUAGUAUUAAGUCACACCACCAGCAACAAAGGCUUUUUAUGGUGAUCUUUCAAAGUGUUAAGGAGGAUAAAAGGAGUUUGUGUAGUAUGUGUGAAGAUAAGCCAGUGAAGCCUGUCUGCACACUGACAAAGACACAUUUGUUGUAUUAACUGUUGAGUUGGAUGUGCUUUAAGGAGGGUGUGGGAACAAUGCACACUAAUUUACCUAUGUUUGUUGACUGGCUGCUAAAUAUAAAAGAGAUAUAUUGUGGAUAUAUCAGAGCUGUCCAAUUUCCCUUAAAAACACUGAAAAACUGAGUCCUGGUCUGUUUUUUAACAACUGGAGGUUGUAUUUAAACUAGUCAUCAUAAUCACUUCCGCUGUCAGAGUUAACCUGAGUGCAGUAGGCUAAUAAAGUCAGUGUAAAGGCAUCUGGAUAAGAGCGACUGUAAUCCUAAAAGAACCCAAAUGGUUUGCCAGGUGUUGUGAUCCCGAGACUUGGACAGAAUGAGAAAGGCAAAAUUCCAGCUCACUUUGCCCCUCCUCUGCUGCUCAGUCACUGUGUCAAUGGACCACAGACAGACAGCAGCACAGGGGGUACUGGACUUCACUGCAGAACACCUUCUGCCGUCGGAUUUUUCUGCCAGUGCGUUUAGUUGUUGCUUCUAAAUUGCGUAAAGAAGCCCGUGUGUGAUUUACCUGGAGAUUAUCCGAGGGGACAGCAGAAAUACCUGUGUACAUCGGGGCGUAACCUAAAACCGCUUUUACGCCCAAAAGGAUCAGGACCGAUGGGAGGAGGGGGUCGCUCGGGGAUUUCUGCAGCCUAGUCGACUUCCCAAAGUAACCAAAAAGGUGCAGGACGGACACGGCACGCCCCUUGGCAGGUGGAACAAAUAGCGGACGGCCGAGGUCUGUCCCUUGUCUUCCAUCCAUGCAUCUAUUCUUGCGUGCGCCAAGUCAUGCAGUAAGAACUUCGGGGAUCUCGUGAAUGUCACUGUUCAGAGGAAUGAGACACUAAAGAGACUUGAAUCAUUUUGUCUUCUGGGACAAAUAUGAUACUGAAGAGUGCGGAAUGUGACUUGUGAGGUUGAAACUUUGGGUCCAGCAUGGAGAGGAAGAAGGAUGAGGAGGGGCCGUGGUCUUCUCCAGGAGCCUCAACUGCUCCCUCCAACCAUGGCUGCUACAGGAGCUCCCUCAUGGUCUGCUUCAUCUUCUUCCUCCUCGUCGGAGUCAUUGUAGGCCUGCUUAUUGCAUACCUUGUGCAGGAGCAGCAUUACUUCAUGGAGACGGUGGAGUUGACUGGUCUGAAGUAUGAUUCUGUUCUGCAGGACGACAGCUCUGCCUUUUCCAUAGUGUUGACCAUGGUUCUGACAUCCAAGAUUAAAAACAUCUUCAUGGCCUCAUCGAUAUCUCAUCACUACACUGAAUGUAGUAUUGUUGCGUAUGGUAACAUUAAUGGUGAUGUGAUGGCCACGUUCAGACUGGUCUUCAGGGUGUCUAAGAUCCAGCAGUAUUCAGAAAGCUUUGUUCAGGAUCUGCUGAGAGCUGGACUCAGCUCAGUAUUGCACGGGAAACCACUGGAGGUGCCAGAGUUUGGACAGAUCAAUGCUAUUGUCUUACUGGGAGCCAGUGGGAAGUCAUUUUAUUUAAUCGGACAUGAUAUGCUAGCCAAGUGUCCUGACCAUACCUACACUUGUGACAAUAAACAGUGUCUCACCAAAUUAAAUCCAGAGUGUGAUUUCAUUGAAGACUGCAGUGACGGAUCUGAUGAAGCUCGUUGUGCCUGUGGGACCCGUCCUGCCAUGGGGAGUCGGGUUGUGGGUGGUGAGGAUGCUCGGAUGGGGGAGCUGCCGUGGCAGGUCAGUUUGAGGCUGCGUGGGCGUCAUAGCUGCGGUGCCUCCAUCAUCAGUGAACGCUGGCUGGUCAGUGCAGCACACUGCUUUGAAAGCGAAGUGGACCCCAGAGAGUGGAAAGCACUGGUAGGGACCAUAAUGGUGAGUGGUCAGGAGCCCGAGUCCAAAUUAAUUAACAUCAAGUCAUUGAUUGUGUCUCCGGACUACAACCCUAUGACGACGGACCAUGAUGUGACUGUUCUGGAGCUGGAAACUCCUCUUACCUUCAGCCCCUACAUCCAGCCCAUCUGCUUGCCGUCCCCAUCUCAUGUCUUUGCUUCUGGUCAGAGCUGUGUGGUGUCUGGAUGGGGAGCAUUGAGCCAGUUUGACCAUGAGAUUCCUCACACUCUGCAGAAGGCUGUGGUGAAGAUCAUUGACACAAAGAUGUGCAAUAAAUCAUCUGUGUACAGAGGUGCUGUUUCUCACAACAUGAUGUGUGCUGGAUUUCUGCAGGGCAAGGUGGACUCAUGUCAGGGUGACUCUGGGGGGCCUCUGGUGUGUGAGGGAGCCCCAGGGAGGUUCUUCUUGGCAGGGGUGGUGAGCUGGGGUGUGGGCUGUGCUCAGAUCAACAGACCUGGGGUAUAUUCGCGGAUAACCAGGCUCCGCAACUGGAUUUUGAGUCACACAGACCCUGCAGCGGUCCAUGAAAACAGCUUGUAUGAUCCCACGGUGCCCGUUACUGUUCCAGGAGGGACGGUUAACAGCGUCCCCGGGACAGACACUAUGGAUUUGUUAUCUGAACCAACAUUACCUGUUUUAAACUGCAGUGGAAACUUCCAGUGUAGUUCCACUUCAUGCAUCAGCAAAGUGAACCCAGAGUGUGACGGAGUCCCCGACUGCCCCAAUGAGGCCGAUGAAAGAAACUGCAAUUGUGGUGUGCGUCCUGCAUUGGGUUCCCAUAGGAUUGUGGGUGGAGUAACAGCUCGGAGAGGGGAGUGGCCUUGGAUCGGGAGUCUUCAGUACCAGAAGCUUCACCGUUGCGGCACCACACUUAUUCACAGCAAAUGGCUGCUGACUGCAGCACACUGUUUCAAGAGUGACCCUGGCCCCAGUAACUGGGCAGUGAGCCUGGGGUCUGUGCUGCGCUCCGGGGUAGGAGCCCUGGUCAUCCCCAUCCAGAAGGUCAUUAUCCAUCCAAAUUUCAACAGCACCAGCAUGGAUCAUGACGUGGCUCUGCUGGAGCUGACAGUCCCAGCCCCCAUGUCCUACACCAUCCAGUCAGUCUGUCUCCCCUCACCGGUCCACCGCUUCCUAAAGAAUGCUGAGUGCUACAUCACAGGUUGGGGAUCCAUGAGGGAAGGAGGUUCCUUGACAAACCUAUUGCAGAAAGCAGCAGUGAACAUCAUUGACCAAGCAGACUGUGAGCACUCGUAUGGGAAUGUGCUGACUCCCAGCAUGAUGUGUGCCGGUUACAUGGAAGGAGGGAGGGACACCUGUCUGGGAGACUCUGGAGGACCGCUGACCUGCCGUCAACACUCAGCCCAGUGGUUUAUAGCGGGAGUGACCAGCUGGGGACACGGAUGUGGGAGAAUAGGUUAUCCAGGUGUAUAUACUCGAGUGACUUCUAUGAGGAAGUGGAUAUCUACACAUGUGCCUUUAUGAAGAUGCAACUCUACAAAGAAAUGAUAACCUAUGCAGACAUGUGGUCUCCAGACAACCGUACUGUACAAGGACUCAAGUCAUGGUCAAAAACAGUCAACACAAACACACAGUCAUUUUCCACAGUAUUGACCUGUGUGACCUCGGGGUCAUGGGUGCUGUUUGACAUACUGUGGUAUCAUUUGAACUGGGACAAUCCUCCUUCAACUUGUACUGACCAAAUAAGGGAGAAUUCAGGACUAGUGUAUGGAUAUUCUACUACAUACAUCAUUCAGAGUAUUUAUUUCAGUUAUUUAUUUUCCUGACCUGUAAACAUACCUGGCGCUGUGUUCUUUUUUGAUGUUUUUGUGUGGGUUCAGAAUAUAUGUGGCUCAUUUAUUGGUGCAUUUCCUUGUCUUUUUGGUGUUUAUCACAAAAUAAGAUGCAAAAGAGGCACAGCAACAAUGGUUUCUCAAAGGUGGAUUUUCUGGGGAAAUAUAUGAAAAAAAAAAAAGUGGUGGAACAAUAUUUUUUGUCAGUUCUACAGACGUAACAUUAACUCUCAUGCACUCUUUUUCAUAAAAAACAUAAAAACACCACCAACAGGGCAAAUUAUUUUAUUGGUUUCUUGAUUUGCUUACAAUCGCAUCUCCAAAUGCACAUCAAAUAUUGUUCAUAAGCUUGUUUUGGCUCUUACUCCCAUACACAAACUGAACAGGUUAAAAAAGGAUUGGUUUUGCUCCCAGACAUAUGACAAACUGUACACACAAAACGGAGCUUGGUUCAGUAGUUCAUCUUUAGUGAACACAAAACAAACCCACGACUGUGGACAGGGGCAGAAAACAGGUCAGACAGAACGGUUGUGUUCUCCAGGUGUACUAUGAUAUAGAACUAUUUAGAAGAGUUGUAUACACCAUAUGAAAACACUAAGUUACUCUUGAAUUCUCAAUGAUGGUUUGUGGGUGUGCCAGGUCCUUCAAGCUCCACAUCUGUAUUUAUUCUCCAUCUGAUCAUUCACACACACUGGAAACAAAGGGAGUAGUUCUAGUAACUUAAAGGGCUUUUAUCAAAACUCUUAUCUUUAUUGUGCAUCUUAAUUAUACACUCACAAAACUUUCACACCUACCUUGUCUGGGUCAUACUUUUCUGUUUGAUCCAAACCAAAUUUGCAGGAUUUUUCAUGGUAGUUGUAAGUUCAACUGUACUAGUUUCGCUCUUGAACAUAAACCAGACUUAUAACCUGGUUAUAAACCCAACCAGGUUUAUAACACCAAUUUCCCCCACCAGGUGUUAGAACUGAAGAAGUCUCUUGGAUGAGAGAUGAAACAUUUUCAAGAGAGACACUAGUACAGUUGAACCGAGAAGAACUACUGAGAACAAUGACCUGGACAAAUGAGAAUUUACAGACACAAAUUGGCAGAGUGAACCCUGGCCCAGACAACAGUUGUUUGGUGGUUCUGAUCAUACUGAACCAUGAUCCAGUUUCUUUUGUGAAAGCAUUUUGUGGCUGGACCAAUAGAAUAGAAGUCAAGGAAAACUAUUCUCAUCAAAAACAGGAGAAACAACAAAUGGUAGAUGAAAGAUGUCAGUCUGCCAAAUAAACCUCAUGUCAACACAAAUGUACAACAGGGAGACAGAGUAUGGAAAUAGUCACAGCAGGAUGUAUUCAUCUGUUCAAAAAAGUAAAACAAACCAGACUAAAUGUAUACAACUGUACAAAAACACUUUCAGGUAUGAAAGUGUCCUUUGUCCGAUUGUAGAGUUAUGUGUGAACAAACUGUUUUUGUUAAAGUUGUGUAUGACUUUUGUCACCAAUUUUUCAUCAGAUCUGUAAAACCCCAGUCAUAGCCCGAGUAUCACAAAUCCGUGAGUCUUUCCGUGAUUAUGCACCUGAAUCUCUUUCCUCACAGUAAACAAUUUCGAAGUGUACUCCACCAUAAACAAUCCAUAUGUUUACAGAGCUGGUAGGUCACUCGGGCAUUCCCGGAAAUUUGACGCAACGUGCUUUGUGGGAAGUGGAAUUCCACGCACCCACUUUCGCUUGGUCAACAUCCUUGUUGUUGCCACUACUGCUGCUGCAUAGAGCUCUGCUUCCCAUGACAAAUGUCCAAAAAUGCCCGAGAGACCUAUUGUCUCUGUUUGUAAACACAUACUGUGUUAAUGGUGGAGUACACUUUGAAACUGCUCACCAUGAGGGAAGAGAUUCAGGUGAGUAAUCACAGUAAGACUUACAAAUUUGUGAUACUUAGGCUAUGACUGGGGUUUUACAGAUUUGAUGAAAAAUUUGUGACGAAAGUCAUACACAGCUUUAAAGUCAUAAUGUAGAAAACACCUACAAUUACUCACAUACACUUUAGUGUCAGUCCAUUAAAGCUACAUGAGGUACAAAUCAGGGGAAAGAAAGCAAGAAUUGAAAAUGAACUCCACCCCAUCCCUGUCCUUGGUCUUACACAUAAUCUGUA